UCGUUGGCAGUAUCCUCCUCCCACGCGCCUGGAACGUCCGUACGUUUUCGCGCAUGCGCGUUCGAAUUCAUGUCACGGCACAAAACUGGCGCUAUAUCGUUUCCCAGGCUCUACUCCGGAAGAAUACAACGCAGAGUAGUGAAUAAAGCCGCAUCUGGUAAAUGCCUCACUCCUUUAUUUUUGGUAACAGGUGGUUGGUUACCUGAGCGAUGGAUGGGGAGUUAGAGCCAAGAACAGAUGUUGAGGAGGGAUUAAAUAAGGAGGAUGAGCCCAUGGAAACCACACCCUCAACAGAGCUGAGCUCAGAUGGGCAGCUUCAGGGAACUGAUGUCAUGACAACAGGGGUAUCCAAGGCUCCAGAGGAUAACGAUGACGACGUUGUGUUGGUGGAGGGGCCUCACUUUCAGGAGGGGAAAAAAGAAUCAAGCCCCUCUAGCAACCCUGCACCUGCUGAGACCACAGACGAUACUGAGCCAGCCACCACAACAGCAGCAUCCUCCAACGCUCCUUCUCCCUCCUCCACAGCUGCAGCAACCAUGGCUCCCAAAAGCCAGACUGAGCCCAUUGUUAUAGACGAUGAAGAAGAUUCAGAACAUAGAGACACUUCCUCUUCCUCGCUGGCAUCGAGUCAGCCUAGAGAAGCAUUAAGCAGCACAGAACCAGACUCAGAAAUUAAAAUUGCCAGCGUCACCACACUGGGAGUGUCAUGUUCAUCAGAGGUUGCUAUGUCGACAUCAGCAGAGGCAUCCACAGCCCCGUCUGAUGAGGAGAGCAUGAACCUUAAAAUCACAAGUGUGACAUCGUUGAAGGGCAGCGAGGAGGCAGAGGCUGGGGAAGAGAUGGAAGCGGCAGAAAACGGCUUGCAGAUCAGUAGCACAUUCAGCCUUAACCCAGAGGCCCAGCAGAGCCCCGGGUCAGCUGGCAAACCAUCACCAACGUUCAACCCAGGACGUGUUAAUUCAACUACCCAGCCAGUUCAAAAUGGUGAAACUGGAACUCACCAGAGAUCUGAUUCCUGGAUCUCUCAGUCCGCGUCUUUUCCCCGCAAUCAGAAGCAGCCAGGGGUGGACUCUCCCUCUCCUACUGCAUCUCUUCCUAAAGCACCAGGCCAGUCUUCCUCAGGCUCCCAGCAGCCACCACGCACCAUGAAGGUCACCUGUGCUAACUGUAAAAAGCCUUUAAAGAAAGGUCAGACUGCUUAUCAGCGCAAAGGCUCCUCCCACUUGUUUUGCUCUACGACUUGCCUUUCUGCCUUCUCCCACAAACCCACACCCAAAAAGAGCUGCACCAUGUGCAAGAAGGACAUUAGUAGUAUAAAAGAAGCAUUUGUGGCUCAGGUGGACUCAGGAUCAUUUCAGGAGUUCUGCAGCACCGGUUGUCUGGCGGCAUACGAAAAUAAACAGAAUCCCCCGAAGAACACCCUCAAAACCAAUUGUACUGUCUGUGGAAAGCUCACAGAGAUUCGCCAUGAAGUCAGCUUCAAGAACAUCACCCAUAAAAUCUGCAGUGAUGCAUGUUUUAACCGUUACCGUAUGGCUAAUCGCCUGAUCAUGAAUUGUUGUGAGCAGUGUGGGAACUACCUGCCCAGCCGGGCCACAGCAAAUCACUUCUUGCUUAUCGAUGGGCAGCAGAAACGGUUUUGUUGUCAGAACUGUGUCAGAGAUUACAAACAGACACAUGGAAAGAUGACCCAAUGUAGUGGAUGUAAGGCAAUGUGCAGAUCUUUUGAUGUAACUCAUGGUAUUGAACCUUCUGGUGUCAUGGAGCCUUAUUGCUCAUCUUGUAUGAAUAAAAGCAAAGUCACAGCUGCAGCACCAAUUGCUGAACCUUCCUGUCAUUUCUGUAAGAGAAAUGCAUUACCUCAGUAUCAGGCAACACUACCUGAAGGAAAGGUCUUAAACUUCUGCAGCUCUCAGUGCGUCACUAAAUUCCAGAACGCCACUAUACAAACAUCAGCCAAUGGCCAACUUCCUGCCCUAGCUUCCAGCAACGUCCAACUGAAAUGCAAUUACUGUCGUGGCUCUUUCAGCCUGAAACCAGAGAUUCUGGAGUGGGAGGAUAAAGUGUAUCAAUUUUGCAGUAAGACGUGUUGCGAGGACUAUAAGAAGCUCCAUUGUAUAGUGACCUUCUGCGAGAAUUGCCAGGAGGAGAAGACACUUCACGAGACAGUCAAGUUUUCAGGGGUCAAAAGACCUUUCUGUAGUGAAGGUUGUAAGCUGUUGUUCAAGCAGGACUUUAUACACCGUUUAGGCCUCAAAUGCGUCACCUGCAACCAUUGCACUCAGAUGUGCAAAAAAUCGGUUACCAAACUGAUUGAUGGUCUUAACAGAGACUUCUGCAGUGAAACUUGUGCUAAGAAGUUUCAUGACUGGUAUUACAAGGCGGCACGCUGUGACUGCUGUAAAGUGCAGGGGAACCUGACAGAGUCUGUGCAGUGGCGUGCUGAGAUGAAGCACUUCUGUGACCAAGAGUGUCUCCUCCGUUUUUACUGUCAGCAAAAUCAGCCCAAUAUGGCAACUCAAAAAGGGCCAGAAAACACAGCAUUAGGACAGACACCGGCACCAAAAUUAACUCUCCUUAAUCAGGUACCCAUGUCAUAUGCCAGUGGAGGGAUUGUUAAGGAUGUGAAGAAUAAAGCUGUUCUUUGUAAACCGCUCACCAUGACUAAAGCCACGUACUGCAAACCUCACAUGCAGAGCAAACAAUUGCAAACAGAGGAGGACGGCUUGGAAGGCUUGGUGAAGGAGUAUGUCCCUGUACCAAUUCCUGUUCCUGUUUAUGUUCCAGUACCCAUGAAUCUUUAUGCUCAGGCUACACCCUCUUUUUUCCCGAUACUUCUUCCUAUACCUGUGCCAGUGAUUCUGCCCACCACACUGCAGAGUUCUGAGCAUAUUGUGAAGACCAUAGAUGAACUGAAAGCAAAGAAUUGCCCCAAUCCUUUCAAAGCUGUUUCAAAAAUAAUUUCAGAGGAGGAUAAUAAACCUGACUGCUUAGAUAUCAAAUGUGAGGAGAGUGCAGAGAUUAAAAGGGAGAGAGUGAAUAGCAUCAGUGGUGAAAGCAUUUCAGAAGAAGAGGAAGAGGAGGAAGAGAAAUUUGAACCAGAGCUGGACCUAGAGAAAGAUCUUCCACAAGCCUCAGCGCCUGUUCCCACCUUGGAAGAGAUGGGUUUCACGCUGCCGCCCAUCCUCACUGAGGAACGAGAGGAGACAUCCUGGACCAGAACCAGGAGGAGGGGCAUCAAGAGGAGAGCCACAGAAGAGGAAACUUCUAUGGAGUCAUCUUCAUCAGCAGAGCCUUUUGCAGCUGAUGCCUCUUUCCCCCUGAGCUCCAAGUAUGGCCUGAAUGCCUGGAGGAGAUGGGCUGCCUCAACUGCACAGUCCAGUAACCCAAAAGAGAAAGUGAAUCCAUCUCGGAAGAAAAACACUCUUAUUUCCCUAAGUGCAGCGGAUCUGAGCAAGGCUCUAAAAGAGUUCGUCAGAGAGGUGCGUCGGCCCAACGGUGAGCGCUAUGCUCCAGACAGCAUUCUCUACCUUUGCCUCAGUAUACAGAAGUAUCUGCAGGAAAAAGGAAGGACAGAUGACCUGUUUAAUGAUCCCCACUACAGUGGAUUUGAGGAGGAACUUAACAAGGUCCUCAAAGGCUGGCAGCCCAGCGUUCUUCCUGAUGGUUCUCUGUGGGGUCGUGUAGAGGAGCCUUGUCUGUGGAGCAGCAGGCAGCUAGGAGAACAUUCCUCCUCAGUUCUCCUGCGUUCUCUCGUCUAUCUCAACACAAAAUAUUUUGGCCUGCGCACUGUUGAGCAGCACAUGCGCCUCUCUUUUAGUAACGUUUAUGGUCCUAGCACUUCUAAACCUCACAAUCACGACACCACUGUCUGUAUUCAUGUUCCGUCCAUCUCACAAGAUCAGCAAGAACCAGCACCAAGUAAGAGGAGGCGUAAAGAGGCUACUGAUUCCAGCAUUGAUCAAAGCGAUAGUUCGCGUGGCUCCACUCACUGUCCUGUUAAGAAACACGAGUGUCGCUUGUAUGAACUCUACCUGUCUAAGUGCCCUGAGGCAGUGAGGCAGAGGACAGAUUUCUUCUAUAUGAAGCCAGAGGAAUCCUCCACAUCAGACAGUCCUCGAUGGUUCAGUUCAAAUCCCCUAGAAAAGUAUGUGCUGGAGAGCCUAUUAACUCAAGUCCUUCUGGUGAGGGAUAUCUACAGAGAAAGUGGUCAUGAAGAGGAGGGAAUUUAGUUCAAAGUGGAACUGAGGCCUUGUAUGCCACCAUAGCACCCUCUGCAUUACAUGUCACUUUCCCUUUAAACACUCUGAUCCCAUUACAGUUAUAAGCAAAGCGAAUACUGUAUACUUGAGGGGGUUUCAGGCUUAAUACUGAUUUCUUAGUCAGUGUUUCCAGAAGACUUGGUCUGAUGAUUGGUGCUUUACGUGAGAAGCAACCCACAGACUGCUGCUUUUUUUUUUUUCUUUUUUUUUUUUUUUUUUGUAUACAAUUUUUUGUUGUUUUUUCAUUUGUUAGGAAAUUGUGUGUAUGUGAUGUAGCAUUAACUACGAUGCCCAGAUUGGGCUGCUGUGGUCUGUAAAUAUUUCUGAAAAUAUUGUUAGAAAAAGGUGAAGUAAGUGUGUGUGCGUGCGCGUGUGCCCGAGGGUGUGUGUUUAAAACAAAAACCAUUGAAAUACUAUAGAUAAAUAAAAUAAAGGAAACCAUCCUCAACACAAAUCCAACAAGGCUUGUUAAGAAAAAAAAUAUUUAUUUAUUGCGGUUUGUGAUAUAUUGGAGUCCUUAUGGCAGGACUCUGUGUGUGUGUGUGUGUGUGUGUGCGUGCGCGCGCGCGUGUGCGCACGCUUGUGUGUAAGUUGUGCCAUUUCUCUCAAUUCAUUAAUAGCAUUAAAACCUGCCGCAGCCCUUGACCACCCAUCUGUGUCUGUCUUUCUCUCUCUCUCUCUCUCUCUCUCUCUCUCUCUCUCUCUCUCUCUCUCUCUCUCUCUCCACCUGUUCUUUUGGAGGUUGGGUGGCAUGCAGAGCAGGUUUAACUGAAGCAGGCUUUCUGUUGGUAUUAAACGUUUAGUGUGACUAUUCUUUUCAACAAUCCAUUCUCUAAACCUUUGUUUGUUUUUUUUUAUCCCAAUGUGUAUCGGCUUUUUCCCCCCCCCUUCCAACUUUAAUGACGUUUGGAUGUUUCUUUAUUACAUUUGAAAUAAACAAAGCACUUGACGCAAAGUGCGGUGUCGAUUCCACGGUGGCAUUUUGUUAAUGGUAGAACAGAACAUAUGUACUGUACACUAAUGGAAUUUGUGAUUGGAAAAAUUUUAUAUCUGCAAAGGGGCAGUUUUGAUCAUUGAAGAAAAAAAACUAAAUAUUUCUUAUAGAUGGAAGGAAGAAACAGCUUUAUAUGUUAAAUGGUUUUAUGUUUUCAUUGUCUGUUUUUAUAAAUUCUAUUUUUUUACCAACCAAUUAAAAGUCAUUUUCUUUA